CUCACUCAAGCAAUAAACAUAUUAGAGAGAGAGAAAGGGAAAGUGUGAUCUCUCUCUGCCCCCUUCCUUUAAAUUCCAAAACUACUUUAUCUGGGUUUUGUUGAAUUGUUAGUAGGGCUUUGAAUUUGGAGGACAACCCCAUUUUCUGUUGUGUGUGUAGAGAGAGAGAGAGAGAGACAGAGAGAGUGUGUGUGUGUGUGAUGGAGGGGGGUAAGAGAGCAGAGGAGGAGGCAGGACCAUCAUGUGGUGGGUGUUGUUCUGAUGAAAAUCAAGAAAUGAAGCCAUUUGAAUCAUCAUCAAUUCAUCAGAAACAACUAGUGGAUGUCUGUCCUGCUGCUGCUGCUGAUGAUGAUGAUGACUAUGCAGAUAAUGAUGAUGAUGUUGAUGAUGAUGAUGACGAUCAUCGUCAAGAUGGGGGGACUAUUGGUGAAUUUGUUCCUAGCCCUCUCCUUCCUCUCAAACUCCAGAUUGACAAAGACAAGGAUGAUGAGAGUUUAAGAAGGUGGAAAGAGAAGCUGCUCGGUUGUGUGGAAGAAGACUUAAAUGAACAAAUGGAACCUGAAGUUAUAUUCCACUCCAUAGGAAUCAUAUCUGAUGAUUUUGGGGAAAUUAGUACCCCAAUACCUGUUGAUGAAACUAAGGAUGGCCGAGUCCUCUUUACUCUCAAGGAAGGAUCCGAGUAUCGGCUCAAAUUGGCAUUCACUGUUCUGCACAACAUUGUCUCCGGCUUGAUGUACACAAACACAGUGUGGAAGGGAGGACUCCGAGUUGAUCAAAGUAAAGGAAUGUUGGGUACUUUUGCUCCUCAGCGAGAACCAUAUGUACAUACCUUAGACGAGGAUACUGCUCCAUCUGGUGUGCUUGCAAGGGGAACCUACACUGCAAACCUCAAGACUCGACAUUUCUUCUCAUUCAUCGAUGGUUUGUGCAGUUUGAAGAUGAUGACAGAAGAUGUCAUAUGGAGCUCAAAUAUUCCUUUGAAAUAAAAAAGAGCGGCUAGUCUCAGCCUUGAAUUUUUUCGGAAGAAUGUUUUCUUUGCCUUCUGCAGUAUUCUUCUUCGCUCCCUUUUUGUUUCCUUCUCUCUAUGAACUGCACAACAUGUUUGCGAAGUGUUUUUGAGGUGUGGAAAAACAAAAAAUAGAGUUGUGGGUGUGUAUGUGUGUGUGUGUUUUUUUUAUGUUGAAUAUUAUAUACUUAAUGAUACAUGGUUCAGUCAGUUGCUACUAAUUAUUGAGCAAACAAGAA